UCCCUAUUUCGGACUCAGUUUGGGAUGAUAAAAAGCAGCUGUGAUCCAGUUGCACGUCAUCAAUCUGCCUUUUUCGCGCUUUUUCACUCCUCGUUCUUCUUCAAGCUGAACUGACAGAGCCUCCACGAAUUUAUACACUCCUGGGUGUCACUAUCAUGACGUCGCCCUUGUGCUUUCAUUCCGACGGAGUUAACGGAACACUACCCGCUGGUUUUCCGGGUUCUAACUGGUUCGCCCAGCACAUCCUCGACGCUUGCGGCGGCAGCGGCGGCGGCGGCGGCGGAUCCGCCGCGAACGGCGGCCUGCUGUUCGGCAGCGCACCGAGCACGCUUCUCACAGCUUCGGGGAAUGUUGAAGCUCCGUCGCUUCCCGUCGCAUUGUCACCCGACGCCGACGGUCAGUUCGUCGCCGCAUCUGCCGCCGUGCCGCCCACGCCGAUGACGCAGGAGGACGAGAUCUUUCUGGCGCAGCUACAGGCGAUGCUACAGGAGCCUAGCGGUGGCGCUGCCGGCAUCAGCUCCGCCGCGACGCUCGGCUGUAGCAGCCAUGACGACCACCCCGCCGCUUCCGCUUCCCCCGCUUCCGCAGCUCCCCCCGCCCCCGCCGGUACACUCGGCGCGCCAGCGGGCCAAAUGUUCCACCUUCCCAGUCGGUUCCGCUCGGCUCAGGCGGCGGCGGACGAUUCGCGGCGGCGCGAGCAUUCCGACGGUGCCCCGUUACCUCUGCCGCUGCGCGCGGCGAAGAGCAUGAAGACGUCUCCACAGUCCUGGCCCGGAUCGCCUGUGCGCGCUCCGCUCAACGCCUCCCCGUCGCGUUUGGCCUGGGACGGCUCCCGUUCAAAGACGCUGCCAGCGGAAAGGUCAGAUUUCUCCGGCCCGCGCCUCCAAGGCGCGGAGGUGAGGCUCGGCGGUAACUUCUCGCUCCUCGCUUCCAUGGACGGCGCGAACGCGGCCUCCGCUGAGGGGACGGCGGCGGCGGCGGCGGUUUCGCCCAAGCGGAGCGCGUCUGGUGGCGGCUUGGGCUCCCUUUCAGACGAGCCGCAGCGGUCAAGCGGAUCAGGCUCCGCUUCCGCUUCCGCCUCCCCCUCCCCUUCCGUGGUGGUUUCUGCUAAAAAUGCCGCCACUCCGGGCGUCUCACGCGGGGAAGGUUCCGCGGGAAGGGGCGCGUCGCAGCUUCCGCAGCAGUCCAGCAAAGGAGGCGGAAGGUUCGGUCAGCAGAUUAAACCUAAGAGCAUGACCGAAAAGCACCGGCGGGAGAAGAUUAGCGAGGGAAUGAAUCGGCUGCGGAUGGUGGUCGAUGCGCAUGGUGACGUGGCAUCUAUGCUGAAUUAUGCGGUGGAUUAUAUCCAAAAUAUGCAGGCGGCGAAUAAGAGUCUGAGAUUGGAGCUGUUGCGGAGGCAGCUGUCGUGCACUUGUAACGCGUCGAGCGAUAUCGGGGCUGGAUCGCUGAUUCAGCACCUGGAUGCGCUCCAGAAGUAGGAGUCUGUAUUGUUUAGUGUAGAGCUCGUAGCUAUAUUUAAUGUAUUAUAUUUCUAUCAGGUUUCAACAACACAUGC